AUUACUUCCAGCCCCUCCCCCUUCAGUACACUUUUUCUGAUUCGAUAUCUGCUGGCCCACGUACGUAGCUGAUCAGCUACAACCGUGCAAAUAUCCCCAUCCCCAACCCUCGCUCCUCGUCAAUCAUUCAUUACUUUCGUUAAUCAUCAUUGCUCCUUUGCAAUCAUGUACGCGAUCAGCGAGGCCAGCACGAUCAUUCUGACCGUCUUAUUGACCGUCUUGGCGACUCUGGCAUUGAGCUUGCGCCUGUUGACGGCCAAUCGAGCCUACAAAGGCGAUACCUUUCGCUUUCGAUGGCACGUGGAUGAUUUUCUCUGCGUGGCGGCUUUGAUCUUCCUCUAUGCCAGUUCAGCCAUCAUCAUCUGGGGCGCAGCCAUGGGCGCCAUGGGCUCCCAUUCCAGUCCCGAAGACGCCGAAAACUGGUACACGACCGCAGGACCCGCCUGGAUCGUUCUGGCCAAAACCUUCUGGGUGGUAUUCUUCCUCCAACCGCUCCAACUCGGAUGUAUCCGCCUCGCGAUUCUCUUUCUGUAUCGCAGGUUUUUCGGAACCUACAAAUCGUUCAAUAUUGUCAAUUGGACUCUUGUCGCCGUCGUUUCGGGCUGGACGGUAGCGUUUUUCUUUGGGCUGUUGUUUGAUUGUGGAUUGCAAAUGGACGCGAAUUGGGCCUCGUUGGGCGAAAUUGCGCAACAAUGUCCGUUUGGAUUUUUGCCGACGGUGAUUUAUACCAUUUUGGAUGCGUGUUUGGAUCUGUUUGUGCUGUUGCUGCCGAUUCCAUGGAUCUUUCAGCUCAACUUGAGUCUGACGAACAAGUUGUCUAUUACGGGAUGUUUCUUGCUGGGUUCGAUUGCUACUGCGGCUGCCUUUGUGAGGAUGACGGUGUUUAUCCAGACGGGCAUUCCGAGCGAGGCUAUGAACCGCACAACUGUCAUGGGUUUGCCGGCAUAUGAUCUGUUGGGGAUUGUCUCUGCCGAGGUCUUCUGGACUAUGAUCGAGUCGACUGUUGCUCUGAUUGCAGUCUGUUUGCCUGCGGUCAGAAAGGCGGUUGCGAAGAGUGCUUUUGGAAAGGCCCUGGGCUUCGCGUCAUUCUCGAGAAUGAUGCGCAGUGGCGGAUCAUCACCAUCGCCAUCCAAGAUCACCAUCCGGUCGGAAUCGCCGGAUGAUAACAGAUGUUCCAACUGUUCGGGCAAGAUCCCCGUCGGCCACGUUGUCGAGUUGGAAAAAGGCGAAGUCUAAGUGAACUCGGACAAUGGCAUCGUGUUCUCAGCGCACAUGCCCUGGCACAUCUCCGACGAGUUGGUGGGCUCGUUGUGGCUCCCGGACUCUCGAAUCUGUAUCCAUUAAAAAAAGAAUUUUAAACCAUUUGUGUAAAAUAUAGUUGGCUUCCAAAGCAGGUCUGACAUGAUUAUGAGUGGUAUGGUCAUGAACGGGGGAACGGGAAAAGCAUUCGGCGUCCCGUGUGGGUGUUGCUGUUGUUGCUGUUGCUGCUGCUGCUGCUGUUGUUGUUAUUGUUCUUCUCCCGAAAAGAAUAUCAGCAUUUCAU